AUGCAACAUCCCUGUCCCCGCACAGUGGAGGGACCUAUCGCUGAGGAAGGGCCUGGCCUACGAGUCUUCCCGCUGGCCAGAGGGCGGAGGGACCCGCGCGUGCCUUACCGCUUCGCCGACGAUGAGGUGAGUCAGGCGGCGGUCAGGGCCGGCAUCGCGCACUGGGAGCAGCACACCUGCAUCAGGUUCGAGCAGACUACCAACAUCAACCAACCCCAUCUCAAGUUCCAGAAGGAUAUUGGUUGUUGGUCAUAUGUUGGGUAUCUCUCAGGAUAUACUACCGGCCAAAGCAUUUCCAUCGGUGACGGGUGUUCUUCCCUCGGCAUAGUCGUCCACGAAAUCGGACACGCCAUCGGUUUCUACCACGAGCAGUCCCGCUCCGAUCGCAACGACAGCAUUCACGUCAACGAGGAGAAUAUCAUAGAUGGGAAAGAAGGCAACUUUGGUAGGGAACCACAUCACCGCUUGGACAGCAAGGGAAUUCCAUACGACUACACAAGCAUUAUGCAUUACGGCGGAUUCGGCUUCUCGAAGAACGAGCACCUGACCAUCGCCACGGUGGAUCCGCGCAACCAGGAGCUAAUCGGACGGAGCGGCGGCCUCUCGCACCGGGUCUGGGGACGUCGAUGA